CUCCGAGAGCCUAGAGGCGCAGGUACAGAGAACAUCCAGGUAGUGACUGCAGUUCCACCUCUGGUCUGGUUGGCAUGUAUCAUGGGCGAAGUACUGGUAAAGGGCCCUCCACUCCCACGCAGAUUUACCAGCAACCUCCAAGGCUUCUCAUUGUGCAUAUUGCUCUACCGUCCUGGGCUCACAUCUGCUCCAACCUCUGUGAGGCUCUGCAGAACUUUUUCUGUCUAGCCUGCAGCUUGAUGGGCCCCAGCCGCAUGUCCCUCUUCAGCUUAUACAUGGUACAAAAUCAGCAUGAAUGUAUCCUUCCCUUUGUGCAAGUGAAAGGGAACUUUGCUAGGCUGCAGGCCUGCAUCUCAGAACUCCGCACGUUGCAGAAAGAAGGCUGUUUCAGACCACACAGCACUUCUCUGCAGCUGGCAGUAGAGGAUGGGCUCCAGCAGUUCAAACAGUACACCAGACACGUGGCCACAGGUGCAGCUCUGAGCUACACUUCCCUGGAGAUUACUGUUCUGACUUCUCAGCCUGGAAGAGAGGUGGUCAAACAAUUGGAGGAAGGAUUGAAAGAUACAGACCUAGUAAGGGUCAGGAGACUUCAGGUGGUUGAGAUCACAGAGGGAGUCCUAGAGUGUAUGGACUCAGUAUCCCCUGUUGAAGAGCCUAGCAGCGAUGAGAGUUCUGUCCUGGGAACUGACAUUGACCUUCAGACCAUAGACAAUGAUGUUGUCAGCAUGGAGAUUUUCUUCAAAGCCUGGCUACAUAACAGUGGAACAGACCAAGAGCAUAUCCAUCUUCUUCUUCCUUCACGGUGUUUCAGCAACAUUUCCAGAUCCGGAGAUGAUUCAAUGUGCCUGAAAUGUGAUCUCCAAGAGCGACUUCUCAGCCCGUCCCUGCUCCCUGGCACAGCUGAUGGCUCCUUGAGAAUGGAUGACCCCAAAGGAGACUUCAGCACACUUUACCAGAUGGCCUCCCAGUCAUCGGCCUCUUGUUACAAGCUCCGGGUGAUCAAGGCUCUAAAUUCCAGUGGGAUCUGCGAGUCAUUGACAUAUGGACUGCCCUUCAUCCUCAGACCCACAAGCUGUUGGCAGCUGGACUGGGAUGAGCUAGAGACAAAUCAGCAGCAUUUCCAUGCUUUGUGUCACAGCCUGCUGAAAAGAGAAUGGCUGCUGUUGGCCAAAGGGGAGCCCCUGAGUGGAGGACACAGCCUGAGGACGCCUGCCAGCACUUUCUAUGUGAUUGUGCCAUCACGCUCCCCCACUCUGCUGGUGAAGGCAGUGGCCACUAGGGAACUGUUGCUGCCCAGCCCCUUCCCCCCACUGCCUGAGGACCCAACUGACGUCAGCCUUAAGACUGUGGAGAGGGUGCUGGACAGCCUGGAGCUAGAGCCCACCUACAACCCCUUGCAGGCUUGGAGCCACCUGUACUCACACCUGAGCAACACCUUGACCAAGCUUCAGGGCCGGAUCCAGCCAAGCUUGGAAAGCCGGGCCCUGAGAAAGCAUCCCUGCAAGGCUGGGCAGUUGCAUACAAACCGAGUUCGAGCCACAGUGGCCCCCCUGCCUAUGACUCCAACCCCUGGCAGAGCCCCCAAGAUGCCAGCAGCCAGCAAGCCUUCCUCAGAAGUCUUCUUCUGGCCUUCCAAGGAGGAAGAAGUGGAGGAGCAGAAAGGGGAGGAGUAUCCCUCUGGGCCCUAAGUCACCAGCACCAGAGCCUGGCGGCCCUGUUCAACCACAUCCACA